AUGUCCACCUCUCCGGACGGAAUCUACGAGCCCGGAAUCAUCGAUCCUGGUCUCCCAGUUCCAACCCCAACGCAGCCUUUCUGGCUGUCGUCCCCAAGCCCUCUGGCCAAGCUCCGCUCUCCAUGGCUCGACCAAGCCGACAUCGUGAUCAUUGGGUCCGGAAUGACCUCCGUCAGCCUCUGCCGCAGUCUCUUCGCGAAGUGUCCUGACGUAAGUAUCAUUGUCCUUGAAGCCCGCGAUCUGUGCUCUGGCGCGACGGGACGUAACGGCGGGCACAUUAAGGCCAUGAGCCCUGGCGUGUGGGUCGAACGGAAGGCGCAGUUCGGGGUCCAGGAAGCGCUCAAGAUCAUGGAGUUCGAACACGGCCACCUGCAAAGCAUGACGUCUUGCAUCAAGGAGAAUGGCCUCGAGCGGCACUGCGACCUGCAGCUCCUGGAGGGUCUCGACGUCUACCACGAUAGAAAGGUCUUUGAGCGUGCCGUCUCCGCGGUAAAGGAUAUGGGACGGUAUAACGGCAAGCUGGCGGCGCGGUAUACCGUGUACGAAUCGCGUCAGGACCUAAAGGCUCGUGGUCUGGGAGACCACGUCGUCGGCGCAAUCGGGAUGCCUGCGGCGUCCAUGUGGCCGUAUAAGAUGGUGACGGGGCUGUUCGAACGCAUGAUACAGCAGGGCCACCGUCUCUCCAUCCAGACCAACACGACCGUCACGGCUGUGUCUGAGAAUCUCGAUUCCGCGACUGUCCACACGACCCGCGGGACUAUCAGCGCCCGGCACCUCAUCCACGCCACGAACUGCUGGCUGGGCCAUCUCCUCCCCGAGCUCCGGCCAUUUGUCUCCCCCGUCCGCGCCAAUGUCCAGCGGCAAGUCCCAGUCCCAGUCCCAAUUCCAGCUCCAGCUCCAGCUCCGCAAACCCAACCCCAAGCCCAAGCUCAAGCACCAGCGCACGCAGGGAAAAACUCCUUCUGGCUCCGCUACGCCGAGCACGACUACGAUUACCUGAUCCAGCGGCCCGACGGGUCGUACAUCAUCGGGCGCGCGAACACAGGGCGGCGGGCGACAAGCGACGACGGCGUAAUGGAUGUCCUCCCGCACGCGCAUCUGCGCGGGACAACGCCGCUGCUUUUCGACUUCGAUUUCCAGGGGGUAAGCGGGACGAUGGAGACGAGCCAUGCGUGGAGCGGGGCGGUUGCGUUUACGCUGGACGGGAAUCCGUUUGUUGGGGGGUUGGCGGGGGCCGGUAGGGGUCGGUCUCACCAGUGGGUUUGCGGGGCGUAUCAGGGGAUUGGGAUGGUGAGGGCUUGGAGGACGGCGCAGGGGUUGGCUUGUUUGGUGGUUGGGGAGGGGCUUCCGGGUGAGUUUCCGGGGAGUAUGUUGCUUGGGGAGAAGAGGGUGCUUGGGUUUAGGGAUGCUGUGGGGAGGGAGAGGAAAUUGUGA